UCUAUUUGAAAAAUGCAACGGGACAGUGCAAAUGCAUUCCAGUUUCAAACCUGCUAACGCACAGACGGACGAGUUGCGUUUCAAAAUGGCUGUCCUCAUAUCUACGUUAUGGAUUAUCGGAUUUAUCACUGGUAUGGUACAAGCAAUGCAGUUAAACUGCACCACUAAUCGAUUGGACGUUUGUGAAAUUCACAACAUCGUUCUCACCGAGUAUACUGAUGUGUCUCAAUGGGAGUUUCCGGAUCAUCAAACUUUGCAGUUAGGUGGUUACCCAAUGUCGGAUGACACCACGCUUGUAACUGCCAUAACAAAGGACGUUGCAGAAAAGUUGGUCAAUGCGCAGACAAUUCAAAUGCAAAACGUGUCGCUGAUGUCAUUCUAUCUGUGGGAGCAUCUAAUAGGUUUAGACGCUUCAUACAACUAUCUCUCUGAGCUGAUUGUAGAACCGGAAUCUGUGUAUAACCUAAAAUCGUUGAACCUAAAGCACAACCGUCUGCAAAGCAUUGAUUUUAUCAAAGGCCUGUAUAAGCUCCGCGACCUUGAUCUCAGUAAUAACUACCUGGAGAAAAUCGAUCUCUCCAACUUUGACUCAGCGAAAGAUCUGGUUACGUUGAAACUGUCUCACAAUCGGAUUCGGACCAUCACCACCGUUGGCGAUUUGCUUCAUCUUCCUCGCCUCACCGUUUUAAUGUUGAACAACAAUCAAUUAGCUAUUCUAGACGCUAGUCAGUGGCAGUUUAAUGUGCUGCAAGAUUUGUUUCUAUCCAACAAUCGAUUGUCCUACAUUAGCAUGUGCGAAGUGCAGAGUUCUUUUCCGCGGCUUCAGACGCUCUACUUGGACGGUAACAACUGGGAGUGCUCGAACCUUAACAAUACCGUUACCCAGUUACACCAGUUCAACAUCAAGGUAAUCAACUACAGCGAUCACAAUUGUACGACAGCCGUGGAAAACAUUUGCUGCUUCUAAUCUCCAAACAUCUUCGGAGGUCACCGUCGGUUGUUAUUUUCGGUAAACCGGUCCUUGAACUGCCCUAUUCGUUGCUACGUUAUCAACCUGCCGCUGUCGGCAAACAAGACAAUUAUUAAACUGAUAAGCAUCAAUUCAAUCGUU